UGUGCCGGCUCCCGGCGAAGGCGAAGGAAGGGUCCGCUUGGCGCAUGCGCGUUGCCCCGGAGACGGGGGGCCCGGCAGUGAGACGGGGCGGCAGAGCGGCCGCAGGCGGGUUCCGGGCGCAGGGCAUUGUGGGAUCGCGGCGGUGCCAGGAGACCCAGGGGGGGCCCGGGCGCCAUGUUCUGGAAGUUCGACCUGCACUCCAGCUCGCACAUUGAGACGCUGCUGGAGCGCGCCGACCUGACGCUGCACGAGCUGCUGGACGAGGACGAUGUGCUGCAGGAGUGCAAGGUGGUGAACCGCCGGCUGCUGGACUUCCUGGUGCAGCCGCAGCAUAUGGAGGCGCUGGUGACCUGUGUGACCGAGGAGCCCCCCGUCGAGCUGGAUGAGCGGCUGCGCUACAAGUACCCCAGCGUGUCGUGCGAGAUCCUGACAUCAGACGUGAGCCCGAUCACGGAUGCGCUGGGCGAGGACGAGGGGCUGCUGCGGCGUCUCUACGGCUUCCUGCAGGGCCACGGGGUCCUGAACCCGCUGCUAGCCAGCUUCUUCAGCAAGGUCAUGGGCAUCCUCAUCAACCGCAAGACAGAUCAGAUUGUGGCCUUCCUGCGCAAGAAGGACGAUUUCGUGAGCCUGCUGCUGCGGCACAUCGGUACCUCGGCCAUCAUGGACCUGCUGCUGCGCCUGCUGACCUGUGUGGAGCAGCCGGUGCUGCGCCAGGAUGUCUUCAACUGGCUGAACGAGGAGAAGAUCGUGCAGAGACUGAUCGAGAUGAUUCACCCCUCAAAAGACGACAAUCAACAUUCCAACGCCUCCCAGUCCCUGUGUGACAUCAUCCGACUGAGCCGGGAGCAGAUGAUGCAGAUCCAGGACAGCCCAGAACCCGACCAGCUGCUGGCCACGCUGGAGAAGCAGGAGACGGUGGAGCAGCUGCUGGGGAACAUGCUGGCAGGCGAGCGGAACGAGUCCGUCAUCAUCAGCGGGAUCCAGGUGCUGCUGACGCUGCUGGAGCCGCGCCGAGCCAGGUCCGAGGCCGGGGGGAUGGGCAGCUUUUACUGCCCUCUGGAAGGGCAGCUGGAGCUGGGGCCUCUGGGCUCGGACGGCAGCGCCUGCCAGGCCAGCCCCAGCACCCUGCUGGCCCUCAGAGGUUACCUCCGGGACUUCCACCAGCUGCUGAUCGACCCCCCGAAGCGGCCGGCCCUGCAGAUGACGUGGGGGCUGCUGGACCCACCGCUGGGGAACACGCGGCUGCAGGUGGUGAAGCUGCUGGGCAGCUCGCUGGGCGCAGGGGACACGGGGCUGCAGGAGGAGCUGCUGGGCCUGGACGCUCUCAACACCAUGCUGGAUCUGUAUUUCAAAUACACCUACAACAAUUUCCUGCACGCCCAGCUGGAGGCGUGUCUGAGCACCCUGCUGCGGGCCGGCGCCCCCCCUGAGGACUCGCAGCCCCCACCAGACAGCCCCGUCGUCAAGCAUCUGCUGCAGAAAUGCCGCCUGGUGCAACGAAUCUUGUCGGCCUGGGAGGAGAACGAGCAGACGCAGGCGGCCGGAGGCCAGCGGAGGGGCUACAUGGGCCACCUGACGCGCAUCGCCAACGCCCUUGUCCAGAGCUCCGAGAAGGGCCCUCACGUCGCUCUCGUGGGGCAGCUGCUGAAAGAGCUGCCAGAGGAGGAGCAGGAGCGGUGGGAGAAAUUCGUCUCGGGGCCCCUAGCAGAGACCAACAAGAAAAAUGUGGUGGAUCUGGUGAACAUGCACAAUCUGCACUCGUCCAGCGACGACGAGGAAAACGACCUGAAAGAGUUUAACUUCCCCCAGGAGGCCGUGCUGCAGCAGGCCUUUGUGGAUUACCAGAUGCAGCAGGUGACCUCAGCCUUCAUCGACCACUUCGGCUUCAACGACGAGGAAUUCGGGGAGCAGGAGGAGAGCGUAAAUGCCCACUUCCGCCAACUCAAGAGCGCCCCCUUCGACAGGAUGGGCAGCCUGAGCUUCUCGCUGAGCGCUGACGACGACAGUCCCAACUCCAACCUGUUUGAAGUCUGCUACAAGGAGCGGAUCCAGCAGUUUGACGACGAUGACUCGGACGGGGAGGACGCCUGGCAGGAGAAGGAGCCGGGCUACUCGGGGCGGGGUCCGCAGCCCACAGGGCCCAGGAACUGCGGCAGCACGGACAGCGAGGGCAGCCGGGACUCGGAGGAGGAGGAAGAUGCCGGCGGGGGUGUGGAGGGCGGAGGAGGAGGAGGUGGCGGCGAGGCCGAGGGGGCCAGCCCUGACCUGGAGCCUGCAGCGGCCCCCGCUCGGCCCCCCACCAGCGGCGGGGUGGACACUGGAGUGGCCGUGUGGGACAGGCCCGGCUCGGAUGCCUCCUGCCCCCUCACAGAAGGGAGUUGGGCUCUGUUUACAGAGACGCCCUCAGUGCAGACCAGGUGAGACCCAACCCCCUCUGC